UGAGGGGGCGCUGCGGAGCCGCGCCCGCCCCUUCCCCUUCCUUCCCUUCCCCUCCCGCCGCCGCCAUGGCGGCCUUGCGCCGCCACCGCCGCUUCCUCGGCGGCUUCAUCUGCGGGGCCGCGGCCGGGGCCGCCGCGUCCUGCUGGGCUACGUGGCGGCUCCUCCGCAGCCAGAGCCAGCCGGAGCCGGGCCCCGGGCGGCUCCAGCCACAGGAACCAAUAGAAGAGGCUCUGCUGGAAAGAUAUGGGUUUCCUGAGGCUGGAACAGAGACCAGAUGUUACACAAAUCAUGCAUUGUCUUAUGACCAGGCAAAACGGGUGCCUAGAUGGGUGAUUGAGCACAUUUCAAAACAAAAGAUGCUGGGUGAUGCAGAUCGAAGGCACUGUAAAUUCAGACCAGACCCUAACAUCCCUCUGAUGUUCAGUGCUGUCAAUGAAGACUACCUUGGCAGUGGAUGGUCACGAGGACACAUGGCACCAGCAGGAGAUAACAAAUUUUCCACAAGAGCUAUGGCUGAAACGUUUUAUCUAUCUAACAUUGUGCCUCAGAAUUAUGAAAAUAAUGCUGGGUUUUGGAACAGAAUGGAAAUGUACUGUCGGGAAUUGACUGAGAGAUUUGAAGAUGUUUGGGUUGUUUCUGGACCUCUUACCUUGCCUCAAACAAAUGGUGAUGGAAAGAAGAGUGUUACUUAUCAGGUAAUUGGAAAGGAUGAUGUGGCUGUACCCUCCCACCUGUACAAGGUGAUCCUCGCCAGGCGCAGCAGAACUUCCUCGGAGCCCCUGGUCCUGGGGGCUUUCGUGGUGCCAAACGACCCCAUAGGCUUCAGCCACCAGCUCACUGACUUCCAAGUCAGUGUUGAAGACCUGGAAAGAAUGUCAGGUUUAGUUUUCUUCCCCCAGGUGGACAAGACCAAAGACGUUAAAAAUAUCUGUGAGGUGGAUACCUGCAAACUGAUGGGCUUCAAGGAAUUCACCCUGUACAUCACUGCCCGCAAAGUGCAGAGCGCCCGGACACUGCACCGGCUGCAGAAAGCCAUGGCAGAGUUACAGGAGGCAGGGAUUGAGCCUGAUGAGUAUCUCCUAAAGCUUUACAAGAAGAAGGAGGAAGAGCUGCUGCAGGAAAAGCCAGUAGCAGCUAGAGAGGGGAGAGCUGGCUGAGUAUUCAGGAAGUUUUUGCAGAGCAAACAUGGAGACAAGGGCGCCUUGAAUCAUCCUUUCUUGAGCUGUGAAAACAAUAAAAAAAUAUCUGGAAGCUAAUGGGUUUGGAAUAAUGCUCAUUCUUGUGUAAAAACACGUGGUUUGCAGCACUAUUUAAAGUAUGGGAAGUACAAAUGACCUCUUUGUGGCCUGAGUAGAUCACUGGACCUCCAGGAAAGGCUUUGUGCUAUUUUCCACCUGGGAUGUCAGACUUAGGGUUUGCGUAGAAUCCCUUCUAGGAAUAUCACAAAAAUAGAGAGUAGACACCUUGGGAGUACAGCUGGAACAUGUGUAAAUGGAAUUCCACCCACAAAUGUCUUUCACUGCGUGCUGUAGAAGCAAUUGUGCUUUCUGGAAUAUUUUGAAAAUUUAAUUAAAUA